GCCAAGUAUAAAAAACCGAAAAGGCAGAGCAGAAGAGAAGAUCUGUUGGCGGGGGCGGGGAUUAAUCACGUGGGAUAACGCAACCAUUAACAACUUCUUCUUCCCUUUCCACCACCGAAUCGCCACAACAACAAAUCACUCUUUCUCUCUCUCUCAAGAAAAGCAAAGAAAGAAUCGCCACCGUCGUGGCGUGAUGGGGUCAAGACCGAGACCGAUUCGAUCAUCAUCACUACGUGAAUCAUCAACAUCACAACAAUCUCAACAUUCUGAUUUCGAUUCUGAUGAAUCUUAUUCUGAUAAGAUGGAAGGUGCUGGUAGUUGGGAUGUUCUUGAUUGGACUAAAUUCGCUCCAAAAUCGAGGUCAAUUUCUCAUGAUAUGGGCGAGUUCUUAUACUACGGCGAAGAUGUUAAAGAAAAGGGGCAAGGUGUUGUUCUUGUAAAUACAGAUGAGGCAGGUACAUUGUUGGUGACUAAUUUUCGCAUUCUCUUUGUGAGAGAAGGAACCAGGAACAUCAUUCCACUCGGAACAAUACCAUUGGCAACAAUUGACAAGUUCACCAAACUAGUGGCAAAGUCCAAUCCAGCUCCUCGUCAAUCUGAUAAGACGCCUUCUCUCAGACUUCUGCAGGUUACCGGUAAAGAUAUGAGAAUUAUUGUCUACGGUUUUCGCCCUCGUACGGAACAGAGACGUGCUGUCUUUCGUGCAUUGGGGAUAUAUACAAGGUCUGCACAAUUGUGGGAUUUUUAUGCAUUUACUUCUGGGUCUAUAAAGGUCAACACUAGCAACCCUAAGGUGCGGUUACUGAAUGAAUAUUUUCGGCUGCUUGGAAAUGGUUCCAAUCAGGCAUCUGUAAAUACCAUUGAGGAUGGGUCAUUUACCAUAUCUAAUGAUUUGUGGAGAAUAAGUGGUGUAAAUACUAAUUAUGCACUGAGCUCGACGUAUCCGUUUUCCUUCAUUGUCCCAAAAAGUAUUAGAGAUGAGGAAAUUCAACAAGCUUCUGCCUUUCGGGCAAAGUGUCGGUUACCUGUCAUUACAUGGUGUGACCCAGUUAAGGGAGCUGUUCUUGCACGUUCUUCACAACCUUUAGUUGGUCUUAUGAUGAACUCAAGAAGCAAUGUUGACGAGAAGCUUGUAGCUGCUCUUUGUACUCAAAUUCCAGGUGGGAAGGGACCCCGGAGAAAGCUUUACAUCGCUGAUGCAAGACCUAGAAAAAAUGCUCUAGCAAAUGGAGCCAUGGGAGGUGGCUCAGAAUCAUCAUCCAACUAUUUCCAGUCUGAGAUUGUUUUCUUUGGUAUUGACAAUAUCCAUGCCAUGAGGGAAAGUCUUUCUCGCCUCAGAGAUUACGUGGAUACUCAUGGUGCAACUUCUUCAGAUGGAAUGUCAUCAUUCCUGAGAAAUGGUGGAUGGACAUGGGGAGGAGGCAACCUUAGCAGUAUGUCUGCUUCAGUUUCUACUCUUGGGGACAGUGGGUGGUUAAUACAUGUUCAGAAUGUUUUGGCUGGUUCUGCCUGGAUUGCUGCACGAGUGGCCCUAGAAUCAGCGUCAGUGCUUGUACAUUGCAGUGACGGAUGGGAUCGGACCACUCAAUUGGUCUCACUUGCUAGCUUGCUGCUUGAUCCAUAUUAUCGCACUUUUAAAGGAUUUCAGGCACUCGUGGAAAAAGAUUGGCUUGCAUUUGGUCAUCCAUUUGCAGACCGCAUGGGGAUGCCAGCAGGAAACAACAACUUGUCUUUAGAGUUAUCCCGCCAUAUUUCAGCUAGUAAUAUCCCUCCAGUUUCACCUGGGCGACACUCACAAGGAUCUCCAUUCUCAUCUCAAGCUAGUGCUUCUAAUCACCAACAGACAUCAAACAAUGCCUCUCCAAUUUUUGUACAGUUUAUUGAUUGCGUCUCACAGUUACUAAGGAUGUAUCCAUUUGCUUUUGAAUUCUCAUCGGUAUUCUUAGUUGAUUUCCUUGACUGCAUGCUGUCGUGUCGCUUUGGGAACUUCUUAUGCAAUAGUGAAAAAGAGAGGGAGAAGUCUGGUGUUUUCGACUCUUGUGGGUGCUUGUGGGAGUACUUGGCUGAUUUACGAGCUUCUGAAGGAAGUUAUCAUGCACACUGUAACCUCUUUUAUGAUGCCGUGAAACAUAAUGGUCCACUACUACCUCCAGCCGCAGCAUUAGCUCCAACUCUCUGGCCGCAAUUCCAUCUUCGAUGGGCCUGUCCCUCAGAAGCCCAAUCUGGGGAGCUUGAAGCGCAAUGCCGGAAUAUGGCCAAAAAGUUCAAUGAAAUGCAAAAGGCAAAGGAAGUGGCAGAAAGGAAAGCUAGGGAAAUCACAAACAAUGUGGAACAAUUAACUACAGAACUGCAAAGAGAGAAACAUAUCAGCAACUCAGCCAUGGACAUGGCUAAGAAGGCCUCCAAGGAGAGUGCUUCCAUAAAGAGAGCGAUCCAGUCACUGGGUUGCAAGGUUCAUCUUUCCAAUAAUGGCGAUUGUGCAUUAGAUUUUAGUAGCUUUCCACGGGAUACACAGCAAAGAGUUUCGCCAUCUCCUUCAAAAAGAAAUCCAGAUGGUAAUAAUGGCCAGUUUGAUGAGAAAUCUAAUCUUUCAGUUUCAAUAUCAGUAAUGUCAGACAAUGACAAUCCAAGCGGUUCAGUCAGUCGGCCCUGUGAAAACCUUUGCCCAUUACGAUCAAGAGAGGGUAACUGCAAUUGGCCGAGCGCUGGAUGUGCACAGCUUGGAAGCCAAUAUAUUGGAUUUAAAGCGAACUUUGAAGCAUUUGAUAAACUUUCAAUUCACGACACUUAUUUCGGAUCAGGUUAGGAAGAAGCUCCUGGAAUUUCCUAGAGCGCGGAAUAGGCUUUGUACAGAUAGAAGAAGGUAGAGAGCUAGGUAAAUGGAUCAUUUUGUUCUUUCAACCAUGGUAAAUAAGUUCAAAAUUCAUCGUAUUUAUCAGCGAGUGAAUCCCUGUGUCCAUAAAUUCACUGCUUGCGGUUCGGCCCUGUCUACUCUUAAUAAGGAAUGAAUUUUGUGUACAGAUUGCAAUAAUGUAACCAACUUAUUUGUAAAUCCAUUUCAAUUGAGAAAUUUAAUGUGAAGAGAGAAAGCAGUACUCUUAUGAUUA